CUCGCUCGUUCGGCAUACAGUCGAACUCCUUCGCCACUGAACGACGGACGUCGUCGUCGUCGUCGUCGCCGUCAUUAUCCACAAAAGAUCGGGGACCAUCUCUUGACGCGAUCAUCAUGUCGUGUGCCAUGAUCGGCGUUCUGAUGAUACUCGCGUCGAUCGCACGCAGUUGCACCGGUUGUCCAUUCUGCACCAGGCAGCAGCAAUUGCAGCAGCUGCAGCAGCAACGUUCGCAGUUGCAGCAACAGCAGCAAUUUUACCGGACGAUCGGCAGUCCGAGACCGUUCGGCGCCGACAGGCCGAGCCGCGUUCAGGAGUUCAAUCGGACCGGCGUGUUGCACCCCGAGUACCAGAUACCGGCGACCAUCAGGCCCGGCAACGUGUCUCAGUUCUAUUACCUGAGCCCACGGGAAGGUCCGCCUCUCACGUUACUCGUUAGCCCAUGCAGCGGUCCAAUAUCCUGGACGGUCAGUUACGUAGAACCGCCCGGAAACGAUCAAGACGCAGAAGCGCAAACGCGAUGGCCUGUGAAGACCCUAAAGCCGGGAUCGCCUCUUUUCACAUACGAGGGCGCGGAGGACCAAAAUUUCACGAUACCAAAGACGCGGGCCGGUCUUUACUGGUUCGAGAUCAAGUCCAUGGAGCCCGCGGGACAGUCGCCCGGCACGGUGCUCCUGUACGCGACCUCCAGCGCCCUGGAUCACAUAUCGGGCAUGUACGCCAACGAAAAAGAGCAUCGGCAUCGCACGCUGAGAUUUCAACAGCGACGAAGCAAACGACGGCUGACGAUAUCCUGGAGCAAGAGCCAUGUGGAUCCUCACCUUUCGAACUACUGUUUAGCUGUCACUUCGGGUACGCAGCCGCAUCCGUCGACACUCUGCGCCGCGCAGAACAUUCUGAAAGCUUAUCCUUCGGUGAGAACCGGCUCUUCCUCGAAGGAGCACCAUCAUCGGGGCGUUCCGGAAGGUCUGCACUGCGUGCGGCAGACCAAGCUGACGCUUCACAGGAUGAGAUACGACACUACGUACAACUUUACCCUAUACGUGGUAAACACCCGGAACAACGUCUCCAAUCGUGUCGCCACCAACGCUAUAAGGUUCAAGAAGACGCCGGAGCUGACAUUGCGAACCGGUCGUUACACCACGGCCAAUCUGCGGAAGACCGACGGUUUCGUCAACUUCCGCUAUCGCCCACCGGACAACACUUCAAGCACCUUUCACAUACUGCCCUGCGGUGGAGGCAUCGUGAAGGCGAAAUUAAGCGGAGAAGGAAUACUACGGGAAAAGGAGGUGGUCGGAUACGCCUCGUUGCGCGUACCUCCUCUAGCCCCCGGUAAGAUCUACACCCUGCGUAUAUCGACCACACCGCAGGAGCUGGUUCGAGUAUCCACCAUAAAAGUGCUAGCUACGCAAGAGUCGUCUACCAUUUAUCCGCAACGAAUUGGGCAUUUUUUUACGCAGAUACCGACCAAGAAUCCGCCGCGGGAGUAUCGGUCCCUCAGGACGUGCCAUGAAGUGACGGUAGGCGUAGAGUCGGCCGGCGCCGCGAAGUACUGCAUUCUGGUGAAGGAGCUACGAAGUUCGUCGUCCUUGGCGAGUGUCACGACCGUGCCGGAUCAGUGUGGACUCCAUCGGCGUAGACGGUCCGAGUACACGUUUGAGGUCUGCGAGGAGAAACCAAAUCCGCCGAAGGAUCGGGCGUUAACGUUUACUUUGAGGAGGCUGCAGCCCGGCAAGGCUUACCUCCUGCAGAUCACGGCGCAGCUGAAGGGCCAGUCCUUGUCCUACCCGCUGCUGGGUGUGCGCACACGACGGUCCUGCGUAACGUAAUCCUGCGUAACGUAAUCCGCAUAAUUCCUAUUGAGCAAACUGUAAGACCGACGCGACGCGACGGUAGUCUAUAGGUGCACCGUUGGUGACUUGUAGACCUACCCUUCUUCCCAUCAAAUAGUAAUGUAUACCACGAAAGAGACGUCUACGAGAUUUCGAAGAUUGAACGUGCAAAUCGUUUAUCAUGACGAUGACGCCAGAUUCAGAGAUUUAUCGGAGUACAUGCAAACCAUGUCGAUAGUAUUUUAUAUAAAUUUUUGUUACGUUCUAAAAUUUUAUUUAGGUAAGUACAAACGGCGACCAUCUCUGAAACAAAUUUCGCUCGACACAUAAAUAUCUUCUUUUAUUUCUUUAUAGGAAUUAUAAACAUUUUCUCUCGCUGUUUGCCUCCAUUCAAUUACGGGAACAUUGAGCGCAAUGUAAAAAUAAUACGCGCGACGAGAAGUUACUUUUGGAUUUAAAGAUUACGUUUGGUCGCAGAGGCACAGACAUCUAGUCUAGAUUUUAUGACACGACGACAUACAAGUACGCAACAUACACACACACGCACGCACACACAUACAGACAGACACAACAUCCGUGGUAAAUGCGGAUAGACCACAAACAUACAUCAACGUAUAUUUUGAUAUUUGUAUAACAUGUAUGUUCAUACAUUCUUUAUAUAAUUAUAAGUUUUUUAUACGUAUCAUCCUAAAUAAGUGUAAUGAAUAUUUUUGCCACUUUUACGGCUAUCUGUAGUUGCGAAUAGAAAUUACAAAAUCAAAAAAACGAAUAAACAAAAAUUCAGACAGACAA